AUGCUCCAUACUACUCUCACUUUGUUUCUCUUUUCGGCGGCAGCUGUUGCUCUCAACUUUGAUUGGGAGCGCGAACAGCUCACCGACGAGGAUGCAGCUCGCAAUGAUGCAGUGCGCUUUGGUAGUGCAUCACGAGCUGCGGCGCCUGUUAACUGCAAGAUCACCCCGGGUGACGCUGAGUGGCCGAGCGAGGAUGUCUGGGCCUUUUUCAACAAUACGCUCGGCGGUGUGUUACUGAAGCCUAGACCGCUUGCCAGCGUUUGCUAUACUGGUGAGGGCUACAAUGCAGCGAGAUGCGAACAGUACAAGAGUAACUGGGCGGGCAUGAACCUACAAAACCAGAAUAUCCGUCUUGUGAUCAAGAACUCAGGUCACGACUUCAACGGGAAGUCCAUUGGUGGCUACUCCCUCAGUGUGUGGACACGCAACCUCAAAGGCAUGACGUAUGAUCCGAACUACACAUCACCAACUGGUUCGUACACAGGAAAAGCUGUUGCUUAUGCCGCCGGUACCCAGGCUUCUGAGGGGUCUACACUAAUGCGGCAGAAGAAUAUGCUCAUGAUUGUUGCAGGCGGGUCGACUGUAGGUAUCGCAGGUGGCUUCCUUCAAGGUGGUGGACACAGCGCCUAUACCAGCUACUAUGGUCUGGCGGCCGAUCAAGUGCUCGCCAUCACUGCUGUUACAGCUGAUGGAAGGGUAGUCGAAGCACAUGAAGGAGGAAAUGCAGACCUGUUCUGGGCUUUCAGAGGAGGAGGAGGGGGUAAUCACUGCCAGCAAACAGGGAAUCCGACUGUCACUGACCAAAUACCAGGUACAUUCGGCAUCAUCACAUCCGUUGUCGUCAAAGCAUUCCCGACCACAUCGAUUACGUCAGGCAGUGUUCGUUUCUCAACGACACCAGACCGCGGAUCAAGUGCGCCUCCAAUUUCUGCAGAAACCUUCUGGGCCGGCAUGCGCGCGUACUGGGAGUUUUCAAUCGCCAUCUGUGACGCAGGCGGCUUGGGCUACAGCUUCAUCUACCCAAGCAGUAGUAGCACAGGUCUUACCUUUACUGUCAGUAUAUCGGUUCCUAACAAGACUACCACCCAAUAUCGGCAAUUUGUCCGCCCGUUGCUUCAAAAGCUCAACGAUUUGGGUAUCCAGCAACCUAUGCCGACACUCAAACGCUCUCUCACGCCAUAUUUCUCGUAUGAAGACGACUCCACAAACGAAGCAUCGCCUCUUUCCAAAAGAGUAAUAGGCGAAACAACAGGCCACACGCUCAUAGCAUCCCGCUUCUUCCCCCGCACCACCUUCUCCACCCCCUCCACACUAGAAACCUCCCACCUCGCCAUCCGCCACGCCGUCGAAAACGGCUCCCUAACCUUCCACGGCAUGAACUACGCACCCACACUCUCCGUCUCCGGAAACCCAAACAACAGCGUAACCCCCGCGUUCCGCACCACAGUCCUCCACGCACAAGCCUACGAACCCAACGCGCACUGGGACGGCAAAGCACCCAUCUUAUCGCACGAGGCGCUGACAGAAAGACAUCAGAGACUGCAGGGGUAUAUGCAGGCUUGGCGGGAUGUUACGCCUGGGAGUGGGAGUUAUAUUAAUGAAGGGGAUGCGCAGGAUUGGGAGUGGAAGGAGGCGUUCUUUGGGAGCAAUUAUGAGAGGUUGGCUAGGGUGAAGAGGGAGUGGGAUCCUGAAGGCGUGUUUUGGGCGAUUGGAGGCGUGGGGAGUGAUGAGUGGGAGGUUAGGGAUUUGGAUGGGGGGAAGAGGGAGGGGAUUGUUACGCAGGAUGGGAGGUUGUGUAGGGUGGGUUGA